UAAUUUCUUUCUACUGCUUCUUCUCUUUGCUCUCUUUCCUUUACUCCAAGCUCUUCAAUGGAGGACCCAACAGAACAACCUCAACAACUUUGAAGGUUCCUCUGACUUUGUAAACCUAGAAUACCACAUGGGUCCUGUCCUUGCUUCCCCUAUCAAUCUUUAUAUCAUUUGGUAUGGCCAUUGGAACCCUAACCUCCAGGAUAUUAUUAAAGAUUUCAUUUUUUCACUCUCUCCUCCUCCUUCUUGUUCUCACCGUCCUUCUGUCGCUGACUGGUGGCGAACUAUCGAGCUUUAUGCCGACCAAACCGGCUCGAACAUCACGGGGACUAUCCGCCUCUCUGGUGAGUUCCACGACUCGUCUUACUCCCAAGGAAACUACCUAAGUCGUUUAGCCAUUCAACAUGUCAUAAAAAACUCGAUCACUUCUCAAAAUCCAACACCUUUGCCUCUAAACCCCUACACUGGCCUGUACUUAGUCCUCACAUCAUCAGAUGUCCAAGUGCAAGACUUUUGUAGGGCAGUUUGUGGCUUCCAUUAUUUCACAUUCCCAUCAGUCGUUGGGGCAACGGUACCGUAUGCUUGGGUCGGUCAUAGCGGGAAGCAAUGCCCUGGCGUCUGUGCCUACCCGUUCGCACGACCAGAAGGCUCAGAGGCUCCACCGGGGAGCGGAAUCAUGGGGGCGCCAAACGGGGACGUGGGGGCGGAUGGGAUGGUGAGUGUGAUAGCUCAUGAGUUAGCAGAGACAUCAAGCAAUCCAUUGGUGAAUGCUUGGUAUGCAGGGGAUGACCCAACAGCACCAACAGAGAUAGCUGAUUUGUGUAUGGGAUUGUAUGGGUCAGGUGGGGGAGGAGGAUAUGUUGGGAAUGUGUACAGAGAUUAUUGGGGAAAUGGGUAUAAUUUGAAUGGCGUUAAUGGGAGGAAGUUUUUGGUUCAAUGGGUAUGGAAUCCUGUUCAAAGAAGAUGUUUUGGACCAAAUGCUUUGGAUUAAAUUAUCCAAUGUGCUUAUUUUCGUUAAUCUUUUGAUUUCGUAUUUGGAUUUUAUUUUUGGAUUUCUUGGAUUUUGGUUGGUUCUCAAUUAGGAAUUGAAAAUCACACCAUUUGAAAU